AUGGAGUCGUUCAACCUUCCACCCAUCUUGCUGGACCUCUCUCGCAGCGUCCCUUUGGCCGUUGGUGUACCGUUUGUUCUAGGUUCUUUAAGCGGAUUUCCGACGGGAAAUGUUGUCAAUGGGCCAUGGUAUCAGAGUUUAAAGCGUCCGGCCUUUGAGCCGCCUCAGGCUGUAUUCGGGAUUGUAUGGUCUCUGCUCUACAUGGGAAUGGGAUAUGCCAGUCAUCUUGCCGUCAAGGUCUACGACAACAAGUCUCUGGCGUCCUCACGUGAAGCUGUGUAUACAGGUCUCAAGAUUUACUGGAUCCAACUCGUCCUCAACCUCGCAUACACCACUCUCUUCUUCUUCCUCAAAAAGAAAGGACUGGCUCUCCUCGACAUGACGGCUCUCAUCUCGUUGGUCUACUGGAUGACCUACACCUUGCAUGGUGCAACAGACGGACAGACGACUCCAUUCCUCGCGCCUUAUUGCGCUUGGCUGUCCUUUGCGACAUACCUCAGCUUUCAGUUUUGGCGUCUGAACCUCGGCCGUCCCAAUGUCAAAAAGGACUAG